AACCCAGACCAUUCCAUGAUUUUAAGGGAAUGUGACCCGUGUACCUUUGCCCUCUGUGGUUGCCUCAGCCCUUCACCCUCAGGGUUCCUCACAUUGUGGCAGGACAGUGCUGCCCAUCAGCAGCACCAGAACCCAAUGCUCUUUGUCCAUGUUUUUUUAAAUCUUCCCCAUACUGUACAUUAAAAAUAAGGCUAAAAAGCUGGUGUUGGUGUCAGGGGCUGGUUCUCACCCACUUUUGUCAUCCUGUAGAUCUUUGCCUUUACCCUUUACCAUGAGAGCAGCACGUGGGCGACACCCCCCCGAAAAUGAGCCUGAUGGACAUCAACAAGAUGUUCUCCAUGCUGCAGCCCCGGGAGGACGAGCAGGAGGACGGCGGGGAGAGCGAGGAGCUGAUCCGGGCGGUGUCCGAGGACGACUGUGAGACGCUGUGCCGGCUGCUGUCCCAGGACAGGUACAGGCGGCUCAUCAACCGCCGGAGCGGCUGGGGGGUCCCCAGCACCCCCCUGCGCGUGGCGGCCGCGCGGGGCUGCGCGCGGAGCCUGCGGCUGCUGCUGGCCCACGGCGCCGAGGUGGACGGGCUGGACGUGAAGGCCCAGACCCCGCUGUUCGUGGCCGUCAGCAACGGCCACAGCGAGUGCGUGGAGGCCCUGCUGGAGGCCGGGGCCAGUCCCGCGGGCAGCAUCUACAACAACUGCUCCCCGCUGCUCCUCGCGGCCAGGGACGGGCGGGCGGACAUCCUGCGGCAGCUGCUGCAGCGCGGGGCAGAGCCCAACGUGCAGGCCAGGCUGCCCUCCUGGGCGGCCAACUCGGUGUCCUGCUCUGGCCCCCUGUACCUGGCGGCCGCCUACGGCCACCUGGAGUGCUUCAGGCUGCUGCUCCUGCACGGCGCCGACCCUGACUACAACUGCACGGACCAGGCGGUCAUCGCCCAGAUCAAGGAGCCCAAGACCCUGCUGGAGACGUGCCUGAGGCACGGCUGCCACAGCCAGUUCAUCAGGCUGCUCAUUGACUUUGGAGCCAACGUGUACCUGCCCAACGUGCCCGUGGACGGGCGAGCGCCGCGCAGCGAGGGGCUGGAGCUGCUGCUGCAGGCCAGAGCUCAUCCCAAGUCCCUGCUGUCCCAGUCCCGGCUGGCCAUGAGGCGAAUCCUGAAGCAGCCUGGCCACCUGCCCACCCUCAGAGAGCUGGAGAUCCCCACAGUCCUGGCCAACUACCUGCAGCACCAGCCGUGACACACGGCCCACCUCCGGGGACAGCCACUCUGACAGCUGGGAGUGAAGCUCUGAAAUCCACAGAACCAACAGGAAUUUGAGUCGCAAAGU